AUGGAGGGUGAGGAAAACAAAGAGAAGAUUCCUCUUAAAGAAAGGAAGAUUAAUGAUGGCCAGUCAUCCAAUGCAUCAGUAAAUGGUGAUAAUGCAGAAGAUGAAUGCCAGGGUUCCUUGUGCUCAAAGCGUUACAUCAUAUCCAUUUUGGCAUUACUAGGAUUUUGCAAUGUUUACGCUUUACGGGUCAACCUCAGUGUGGCUUUGGUGGCAAUGGUAACUAAUAGUACAGUUUCAAAUUCAGAGAGCAAAAAUGUUGAGGUUUGUUACUCCUUUUUAUUUUCUGUAAGACAGUUAAAAAUAAUAAUCAGAUAGGAUCCUGUGCAAUCCCAUCAGGAUCUUGUAAGACAUGCUAUUAGGAUCCUGCACAAUCCUAUCAGGAUGUUGUAAGAGAUAUUGUUAGGAUCCUGUGUAAUGCUAUCAGGAUCUUUUGAGAGAUACUGUUUGGAUCCUGUACAGUCCUAUCAGGAUUCUUUAAGAGACACUGUUAGGAUCCUGUACAAUUGUAUCAGGAUCCUGUAAGAGAUACUGUCAGGAUCACGUAUAAUCCUGUCAGGAUUCUGUAAGAGACACUGUUAGGAUCCUGUACAAUCCUAUUAGGAUUCUGUAAGAGAUACUGUGAGGAUCCUGUGUAAUCCUAUCAGGAUUCUGUAGGAGAUACUGUUAAUAGGAUCCUGAGUGUACAAUUUUUUCAGGAUCUUGUAAGAGAUAUUGUUAGGAUCCUGUACAAUCGUAUCAGGAUCUUGUAAGAGAUACUGUUAGGAUCCUGUAUAAUCCUAUCAGGAUUCUGUAAGAGAUACUGUCAGGAUCCUGUGUAAUCCUAUCAGGAUCCUGUAGGAGAUACUGUUAAUAGGAUCCUGAGUGUACAAUUUUUCUAGGAUAUUGUAAGAGAUAUUGUUAGGAUCCUGUACAAUCCUAUCAGGAUCCUGAAAGAGAUAUUGUUAGGAUCCUGUACAAUCGUAUCAGGAUUCUGUAAGAGAUACUGUCAGGAUCCUGUGUAAUCCUAUCAGGAUUCUGUAGGAGAUACUGUUAAUAGGAUCCUGAGUGUACAAUUUUUUCAGGAUCUUGUAAGAGAUAUUGUUAGGAUCCUGUACAAUCCUAUCAGGAUCUUGUAAGAGAUACUGUUAGGAUCCUGUGUAAUCCUAUCAGAAUCCUGUGAGAGAUAUUGUUAGGGUCCUGUACAAUCCUAUCAGGAUUCUGUAAGAGAUACUGUUAGGAUCCUGUGCAAUUGUAUCAGGAUCUUGUAAGAGAUACUGUUAGGAUCCUGUGUAAUCCUAUCAGAAUCCUGUAAGAGAUAUUGUUAGGGUCCUGUACAAUCCUAUAAGGAUUCUGUAAGCGAUACUGUGAGGAUCCUGUGCAAUUGUAUCAGGAUCCUGUAAGAGAUACUGUUAGGAUUAAACUGCCACAAAAAUUUAGUGCCACAUGGUUUGGGAAUGGUCUGGCCAGUCAGUUCUGACAAAUGGAAGGUGCCCUAAGAUUUGCCUUUAAGAUCUUAUAUAUGCAAUUAAUUGCUAUUAUGGGAAAAUUGGAUCAAUUUGUCAAGAUGUUAGGUUAUAAUUAUUAAAUAAUUUGAUUCUGAUUUGUUUGUAGAAGCCUGCAGAAUUUAACUGGAGCACUGAAACUCAAG